UCGCCAAUUACCCGCCACACGUCUCCUCUUCUUUGCUCGCUGUCUGUUCUCUGCAUGUUCACAACUUUGCUCUCGCAAUUUCCCAUCGUCAGAUUUCGCGCAAUUCUCCUCGUGAAGCUUCUCUUCAAUGGAGGCCAGGAGCUGGGUUGCUGCGAUGAACCUUAAUUUCUCAUCUUUUCACCUCUCUCGGCCUCCUGUCCCUGUCGCUCGCCUCCUAAACCCCUCUUUCCGACCAGAGAAACUAGGGUUCCGAUCCAAUUCUAGAUCAAGCGAAGCUUCCUCAUCCAGACAAGUGACAUGUGUCUCGAAAGACAACGCGGAGAACGUGAAUGCCGUCUCUGUGAAGCCGGUCUACGUUCCGACACCGAGCAAUCGCGAGCUCAGGACACCUCAUAGCGGGUACCAUUUUGAUGGAACGACCCGUAAAUUCUUCGAGGGAUGGUAUUUCAAAGUCUCGAUACCGGAGAGGAAGCAGAGCUUUUGCUUUAUGUAUUCUGUGGAGAAUCCAGCAUUUCCAAAGAAAUUAUCGCCAUUGGAUAUGGCUCUGUAUGGACCCAGAUUCACCGGAGUUGGGGCUCAGAUUCUUGGUGCUUAUGACAAAUACAUAUGCCAAUACACGCAAGAGUCUCAGAACUUCUGGGGAGAUAGGCAUGAGCUAGUUUUGGGAAACACGUUCGCAGCUGUGGAAGGUGCAAGGCCUCCAAGUAAGGAGGUUCCUCCAGAGGAAUUCAACAAAAGGGUGUCGGAAGGGUUUCAAGUUACUCCACUCUGGCAUCAAGGUUAUAUUUGCGACGAUGGCAGGACAAACUAUUUGGAAACAGUUAAAUCCGCUCGCUGGGAGUAUAGUACUCGUCCUGUCUAUGGUUGGGGUAAUGUCGGGUCUAAACAGAAGUCCACUGCAGGAUGGCUUGCAGCUUUUCCUGUAUUUGAACCUCAUUGGCAGAUAUGCAUGGCUGGAGGCCUAUCAACAGGAUGGAUUGAAUGGGAUGGUGAAAGGUUCGAAUUUGAAGAUGCACCAUCUUAUUCAGAAAAGAACUGGGGUGGAGGUUUCCCUAGAAAAUGGUUUUGGGUCCAAUGUAAUGUCUUUGAAGGAGCAGAUGGAGAAGUUGCUUUCACUGCAGCUGGUGGGUUGAGGCAAUUGCCCGGAUUGACUGAGACCUUUGAAAAUGCUGCUCUUAUUGGUGUACACUAUGAUGGAAUCUUCUAUGAGUUUGUUCCAUGGAAUGGUGUUCUGAAAUGGGAAAUGACUCCAUGGGGAUAUUGGUACAUGACAGCAGAGAACGAGACCCAUGUGGUUGAAGUAGAGGCACGGACAAACGAAGCGGGCACACCUCUACGGGCUCCUACCAUGGAGUCUGGACUUGCUCCUGCUUGUAGGGAUUCCUGUUAUGGUGAACUGAGGUUGCAGUUAUGGGAGCGGCGGUACGAUGGAAGUAAAGGCAAGGGUGGGGGUGCGGGUCGGGUAUCCGAGUUUUCUGGAGUACUUGACCUCGGCCUUGCCUCGGCUAGAGCAUCUAGCAUUGGCCACGUGAGGGCUCAGGUUACCACGGAUAUAGGGGAUAUUGGACGUGAGGAGCUCGAUGGCGGCGGUGGAGAUAGGAGGAGGGCCUUGGUUCAAUUCUUGGAAAGGAGAGACCGACAACACUCCGCCCUUCCUCAAAAACGCUCUCCAGUUUCCCCUCGACCUCGACUCCGUUUUCGGUUUGGCUCCUCCGCUCAAACCACCUGGUCUCUAACACUGUAACUGUUUAGCUUUUGGUUUAGUUAAAUUUAUUUUCAAAAGAAUUUACAUAAAACAUUGACGAAUCUACGGUUAUUAGAACGUUGCAAUAUUCAGUAUUGGGAGAUAGUAUCCAAAAUACCUAUAUUUAGACUUUUUA